AUGGACUCUACUAAACUCACAGCUCUUCUCCUCAUAUCCAUGCUUGUCAUUUCCAUUGCUAACCCUGUUCUUGAUUGUGGUAACUGUGAAAAAACCUCUGCUCAUCACAAACCUGCCAAGAUUCACCCACCUAAAUUCGUAAAACCACCCAUUACCCUACCCCCUCUCGUGAAACCUGCCAAGGGAAAGCCAGGGAAGCUGUGCCCCUCGACACCGUCAAGCCCGAGCUCCACGGUGUGCCCAAUUGAUGUGCUGAAACUGGGAGAAUGUGUGGAUGUUCUUGGUGGACUGGUGCAUGUUGGGCUUGGUAAUCCCAUAGCAGAUAAAUGCUGCCCACUUAUAGCUGGACUGGUUGAGCUGGAAGCUGCAGUGUGCUUGUGCAACGCUCUGAAGCUGAAGCUCCUCAAUCUCAAUCUGUAUGUUCCCAUUGCUUUGCAGCUCCUUAUCACUUGUGGAAAGCCACCUCCUUCUGGUUACACUUGCUCUCUCUAG